AUGGCUGAGCCAAGUCCAAGCGAUUUGGAAGCUUUGGUCGAUGAAGCCAUCGCUCUUCCGGAUGGCAUUAUAAACUGUACCGAAUUGAACCGACUCUUGAAGUGCUUGGUGGAAGGAAUGUCCAAAAUUUCACAAGAAUUGGAAGACCUUCAAACGGCAAAUGAAGAACGAUUCCAAACGCUUGAGGAUGCCAUUACUGAGUCGAAAGAAAUUGCCGAACCAGAAGCGGAAUCGGACGAGAAAGCAGUAUUGAUACCGUGCGGUGUUCCUAUCGUUACCGAACCAGAACAAUCAGAAACACCUUCACAGCAGAAUCUCGCGAAAGAAGUCACAUCGGAAACACUGCUCAAACAGAUCGACGAGCAGGCAAAUGAGUUCCGGGAACAGGAAUCAAAGCUGCUCGCCGUCAUAGGUGAUCUCGAACAGCGUCUAGAAAAGGUGGAACAAUUGUUCUACCAAAAGCUCGAAGAAUUGUCAAACGAAUUCCAGCAGUUCCAGAUGCUCGUUGAGAGCAAGCAAACCAACCUGGAAGCCACCUCAACCGCAUCCAUGCAAAAAACGGUCGGUUCGCCCGAACAGAUUAGCAAACUGGAUGAGUUUACCGAAAAGCUAGACGAACUGCAGCGACAGAUGGAGCUACUGCUGAGCCAUCGGGAUCAACUUCCGCUUCGCAUUGAAGCUCUGCUUGAAGAGAAGCUAAAAGAGGGCGAAUUGACAACUACCACGGGCAAGAAGAGCGUUCGUUCGGGCAGUGUUGGUUCAAGGAAAGGUUCGGUUACGCCCUCAAAAUCAUUGUCACACGGUCGGGUGACGGAAUCGGCCGCCACCACGCAAGCACUGAUGGACAAUCUAAGCUGCCUUGCCUGUGACACGAAGAACGUUGUGCAAAGGAUGCGCAACGGGCGUUAUCUGGCACCACGCACGACUGCAAAGUUGGCCAUUGCCGCACGGAGGCUGCAAGAGUCGGAUGAUACACUCACUAUACAGCCGGGAACAAAAUGGAGUCGUACGUGCGGUGGCUCCUACACUGUUGUUAAGCCGGACGAACGUGUAUUCCGGCAAGUGAAUGUGCAGUUCAACCAUACGAUACAGGAGGAAAACUCUGAGCAAGACUGUUGA